UGGGUCCGAUGGUAGCGCACGGCACGGCAGGCUUGGAGAUUUUCCGCGGGGUCGCCUCCGCUUUCCGCGGCAGCGCGCAGCUCAAAGCCUCCGCUCCGCGCAUUCCCGCUAUUCCGUGCAGAACGCCAUAUAAUAGUAGACAGGACCCAGAGAGAGCCGAUCCUUGCGGACACAGUAGUGAACAGCCCACAGCUUUCGAAGCGGUCUCUCGGCUCGCUAAGAUCGGCUCGGCUCCCGCUUGAUGAUUAGCUUUCAGCUCGACCUCAGUUGUCGACGCUUGCUUUCCAGCUCCUGUGCUACCACCUCGAGUCUUAUUCUUAAGGUGCCUCGGAAAUAAAAUCGGUUCGUGUGCUGCCAUUUCUAGUCCUUGUUCUAAUCCCUGUAGAGUGCAUUGCGAUCGAGAAGGUCGUUAACGCAGCAAUUAGUACCGCGGAUUAAUCGCCUCUCUCGCAUCAGUCUGUGGCCUUAGAGAUCAACGGCUGAGAUCGCAUCGGACAAUGCGGCCGGAGGAAGGCGUAGCAGCGAGGUUACCAGCAAGCGAUAAUUUCGCCACUCCUCACAACGACUUCGCCGCUGUGAAGGAUUUCACUGCAGGCGUCGCCGCUGGCGUGGCUCUCGUCGUCACCGGCCAUCCGUUCGAUACCGUCAAGGUCAAGCUGCAAGCCAGCAACGCCGCGUCGCCAGCGUCGCUAGGGGCGCCCCAGUAUCGCUCGGCGUGGCAGUGCACGUCGCACAUUCUCCGCACCGAAGGGAUCCCUGGCCUAUACCGUGGUGCCACGUCAUCAUUCGUGGGUGUGGCGGUUGAGAGCUCCCUGCUGUUCGGCUCCUACACUCAAAUAAAGACAGCCCUGCAGGGCGGGGAGCGGUCAGCCCCCAGCGCAGGCACGGUGGCGACGGCAGCAGGGCUGGCAGGUGGACUCAUCAGCUUCGUGCUCUGCCCCACGGAGCUCGUCAAGUGUCGCCUUCAAGUGCAAGCCAAGACCCCGGCUCUCACCCCUGCCGCUUCCAUAUCAACAGCAGCAGCAGCAGGAGCAACAGCGCCAGCAGCUGCAGCUGCUGCUUCUAAACGCGCCCCUGCCAUGGCUCACCUAACCCCUUCGUUCGCUGCUGCCGCUCACCAUCCCGCCACUGCUGCCACCACUCCCUUUGCCGCUAGCUCUGCCUUCCCUUCCCUAGCACGGUCAGCAGCAGCAGCAGCAGUGUCUCAGCAGAUUCGCUCGCAGCAGCAUUCCCAGCCGCAGCAUUUGCAGCUGCCGCAGCGGGUGUUAGCGGGUGCGGGUCACUACAAGGGGCCUUGGGACUGCGUUGUACAGACGGUCAAGACCAAUGGGCCGCAGGGGUUGUUCCGUGGCCUGGCAGCAACGGCGUGGCGCGAGUCGCUGGGAAACGUGUGCUUCUUCCUCACGUAUGAAGCAAUCAAACAUCGAUUGCUGCCGGCGCUCACUCACUCCCACACUCGCACACCACCCUCCCACCACGCCUCUCCUUCGUCCUUCUCAGAUCUCGCAAUGCUUGAGAGCGCGAGAGGAGAGGGGGAGGGGAAUGCGAUGGGGGCUGGGAGCCGGCAGAGCAGUGCUGAGAGCAGCAGCAGCAGUGAGGGCCUCAGCAGACUAGACUUGACCACGGCGAUGGGAGGGGGAGCGGAGGGGGGACGGGAAGGGGGUGCUUCAGGGGCAGGCGGGAUGAGCGAGUGGCAGAGAGUAGCGGCUGAGGCUGCUACGGCCAUCGCCAGUGGCGGAAUAGCCGGCAUCGUGUUCUGGUCGGCAGUGCUGCCCUUUGACGUGAUCAAGACGCGCAUCCAGACGGCAGACGCCUCGGCAUCGCCAGCCUCGCUGCGCAUGCUCAGCCAGUGCAAAGCGAUUCUGAGGGAGAGUGGCAUCCGGGGGUUCUAUGCCGGUCUCGUGCCCACGCUCUCCCGCGCCUUCCCGGCCAACGCUGCGGCUGUUGUUGCCUGGGAGCUCACCUCCAGACUCCUGGGGGUGUCAAAUGCUUAGCGGGUGUCUUCUGGGUGCCGACUGGUACGGUACCACUCAAGGAGAGUGGCAUCAGGUGAGGGGGUUCUGUGCCGCUCUAGUGCGCAGCCACACUCCUGCGCCCUCCCGGCAAAUGCUGGUGCUGUUGUCGCCUGGGAGUUCACCUCAAGACUAUUGGGGGGGUGUCAAACGCUUGGUGGCAACCUUGGAAAGUAAGAAAUAUGGUGCUCAAAUGUACCAUAUUGAGCGCCAAUUGGAUAUAUGUGCAAUACAACUUGGAAUGUUGUAUUUGUGCUUAUAAAAUGGCCUUCAAUUG